UCAAUGAAGAGACUGCUGAUGGUGCAAAAGGUAAAAGGUCACAGAGCUGUCACUGAUCUGGAACAGGACUGGAUUUUUGAGAAAGGGCUCUGUACAUUACAUUUCUGUCCAUACAUCUGGCUGUAAAGGACAUCUGGUAAUAUUACGAUUCAGAUUUUUUUUUUUUUUUACUGAAAAUGGCAAGGAAUCGAAGUGAUAAACGAGAGGUGGACUCUUUUGUGGCAGAGUCAUUCACGGGAGAAGGCACAAAAACCAAGGAUGGGCAAAGACCUAAAGGAAAUGCCCAUUUGGAAGGCGGAUCAGCCCGCAUGUCUCUUCUGAUUUUGUUGUCCGUUUUCUUGUCUGCUGCUUCAGUCAUGUAUCUGGUGUACCGAAAUUUCCCUGAGUUAAACAAUGAUGAGAAAGAGAAGAUGAAGAUCCCUAAAGAUAUGGAGGAUGCCAAGGCCCUGGGGACCGUGCUCUCCAAAUACAAAGACACCUACUACACACAAGUACUGGUGGCCUACUUCACUACCUACAUAUUUCUGCAGACGUUUGCCAUCCCUGGAUCCAUCUUCCUGAGCAUCCUGUCUGGGUAUCUCUACCCAUUCCCACUGGCGCUGUUUCUAGUCUGUCUGUGCUCAGGCCUCGGAGCCUCCUUCUGCUACAUGUUGUCAUAUCUAGUUGGAAGGCCCGUGGUCUACAAAUAUUUAACAGAAAAGGCAGUGAAAUGGUCCCAGCAGGUUGAUAAGCACAGAGGUCACCUUAUUAAUUACAUCGUCUUCCUGAGAAUAACCCCUUUCCUGCCCAACUGGUUUAUUAACAUAACCGCCCCAGUGAUCAACGUACCCCUGGGGGUUUUCUUCAUAGGGACCUUCUUUGGGGUAGCUCCUCCAUCGUUUGUGGCUAUUAAUGCCGGCACGACACUGUACAAGCUGACCACUGCUGGGGAGGCUGUGUCCUGGAACUCUCUCUUUGUCCUGGGGAUACUGGCUGUCCUGUCCAUUCUACCGGUCUGCUUCCAGAAGAAACUACAACAGAAGCUGGAGUAGACCCCCUCACCCUGUCCUCCACCUCUCUGCAGCUCAGCACCGGGACAGGCCUCCACAUCAUCGUCAUCCUCUGGGCUUCUUUGUAUAUGUUUAACAUGCCAUUUUGGAAUUUUAUUAGGAAAAAACAAAGACAAAAUGAAACCUACUUUUUAAAUUGUUCUUUAGUGUUGCUGCCUAUUUAUCGCCCCCCCCCCCCCCCACCAGUAUUGUAUUUGCUGAUUUAUUGUUUUGUAUUUUAUAUAUCUUUAUUGCAUUUAUUAAUUUGUAAACUUUUUCAUUUUGGUCCUAUAAAACAUUGUUAAAAAAUGUUUUUUUUAACUGUCAAAUAACUUGCAAAGCAAUAAUUUAAGGAGUAUGUGUUUUAAAAGAAAGCUCUUGAGGUGAGAGAUCAGAUUGUGUGUGUUCACUGGAGCCAGGUUACACUGUUCCUUGAUUAGCUGUCUGUUUGGAAUUAGACAUGAAUCUCAGAACUUUUUACAAAAUCAAUAAAAAGGUGACAUAACUCUUUAUAUUAACCAGGCCCAAUUACCAAUAAUUGCCAUUGUUAUAAAAUGGUACAAAGUAAUCCGGUACUAUUUAAUUGUAUUAUGCUAACCCUAGUCUUAAUCUGUUAAUUAACAGCUAUUGCUGUGUAAGGGAUAAUUACCUCAUUUAAUGCUAUGUAAUUACUGGUAAUUGUUGCCCAUUUAAUAUAGUGGGACCAAGGAAUUUAAUAUAACUGGAAUAAAACAUUUUGAAAAAAUAAUAUAUACAACGGGUACCAUUGCAUCAUAACAUAUUAUUAAUAUUUACUUUUUAAAAAAGUGAUAUUUAACCCUAAAACUAUCUUUGCUGGGGACCUGUUUCCAUCUAGCCCAGAUUAAAUGGUAAGACUUUGAGAAACGUGAUUAUUGAAACUUUUUUUGAAACUGCCUACUAAGAAUUUGUCUUGUUGCACUUAGAAAAGGAAUUUAGAAGCCUAAAUAAAAAAAUGCAGUGUCCAGGAAUGGCUGAACUAGGAGAAACUAGAUUCCAACUGGUUACAGUUUUCUGCAAAGUAAUACCUCUAAAUAUAACAACUAUUCUUCGACAAGUAUUUAAAUUCUGUCCCAUUUCGUCUUGGAGGGUAGAGUGUGUGUGGAAUUGUUCUAAAGAUUUUCAUUGACCAUAAAAAAUAAAAAACAAAUAUCCAUAAUAUAAGCCAGCUGGCCCAAAACAACCUUUUAUUCUUGUAAGUAAACUAAAAGCCAGCAGCUUAGUGUCUGCAAAACCACUGUAUCGUCCAAUCAGAUCCCAGUGACACGUUCGGAGGGUUCAUGCAAAAGUGAGAGUGAGAGGAGAUAGGUUCAAUAAAACCACGCUAUCUAUGAACACCACUGUUAACAGCACUGCUGUGCUAAAACUUUUGUGGACUUUAAUUUAGUGAACUCGUGAACAGGUAAGUUCACUAUAUUAAAGUGUUCUGUAUUUUGAUUAAACCCACCUGUUAGCUGAAAUCAAAUGGCUUAGAGCUGCAUUAAAGUUAUGUCAGAUUGUUUUCAUGUUUCUAUAUGUACAUUUAACUUAUGUCUUUCUAAAUACAAAUGGUUUCUUUUUUGGUGUUUUGCUGACUGUUUCGUGUCUGUAACAAAAAGAAACACACUUUAUAUGCUUAUGUUACUUGGUAGGAAAUGUUAUCUCUAACUGAAUUUCCUUACCUAAGGUAACAUGAGGUGGUGCUAAUUGGGAUCUGUUAGUUGUAGUUUUAAAUGAAGUGUUCAUAGUUUUAUGAUAACUUAAAUGCCAUUUAUUUGAACUGCCAAGAUGAGCCCUUUGUACCAUAGUUUAUACAGCAAUUGAGAGUUGGUCGUCAUGAACAUUGUUUAUUUGCUCAUUGAGUUAGUUUUUUUUUUCUACAAAAGGAUAAUAUCUUAAUUGUAAAAUAUAUUCAAAAUUCAUCAGGUGAUAAUAAAAAGUCGCGAUAGAAAAAAAAAACUAUUUGACCUUAGAGUCGUGUGCAAAUGUAUUAGAACACCUCCAGAUUUGUCAUUUAUAUCCUUUAUAUACCUACCUAUGUGGCCUAUUAACAUCAUCUAAAUUAGACUAGUGUACCUAUUUUGACAACUUUCCAAGAUUUUCAAAAAUCUAACAAUUACUGUUUUGGCCUGCGCACAUUUUAAAAGACCAUUAGACCUAAAGCAAGCGCUGUAAAGGCAGAGUUAUCUUCAGCACAGUAUUCCUUUUUUUGUCUCUGGUUUCAGCUAGGCCCAUCUAGCCAGGUCAUGACCUACAAACUGUUGGUGAUUGAUUUUCACGAAGAGCUCAGUCUUGUAAAAAUAAAACAGGGUUUUGCAGUCUGGUGUUAUAAAACGUGAUGUAUCCCAUGCGGAUUGUACUGGGGGAACCACACAGAUAUAUUCACUUUUCAUGCUGUAUCAUUUUUUAAAAUGUAAAGUAAAGUGCAAGGUGAUUCUGUGCAGACAUUUGUACCAUAUGUGAACAGUCUAUAUAACAUGCAUCCACUCAGUAAGGUCAGUGUUAACGUGCACUUGAAAUGUACAAUAUAUCAAUGUCAUUUGUAGAUCUUUUUUCCAACUUCACAAAAAAAUGUGUUAUGAUCAGAUAUUUAUUAUGAGCUAAUAAAAACAAACAUCACUUUU